AUGUCAUCUAAGUUGUUUCGUGUCAACGGAGAACUACGACUGGGGAAAGCUUGGUUCUACUUCAUCCGUGGCCCAGUUUGCCAAGCAUGCGGACCCAAGCAUUUCUGUCGAUGA